AUGGAAGAUGCAGCAGGUAACUUUGCCCGCGGCUACUACACACUUGGCGGGAAGGUCGUGGGCGCGCUAAUCAAUUCAAUGCGCCGGCUGAUAGAGAAGUGCGACAACUUCGAAGGCAUGAUGACCUUUUCAGCGCUGGGCGGUGGUACAGGCAGCGGACUGCUCUCCAUGUUUCAAGAGCGAGCCUGCCUCGAAUUCGCCGGUCGUAAAAUGCUGCAGUUUAGCAUUAUUCCCUCCGAUCAGAUGGCCAUCGGGCCUGUUGAAGUGUAUAACUGCAUGCACCACCUCUAUCAUUCCUCCGACUUCUGUGAUCUCAAUAUCUUUCUGGACAACUCGGCGCUUUUUAAUAUCUGCACCAAGGAGCUGGCGGUCAUACGACCUACGUACACUACAGUGAAUCGGGUUAUCGGUCCCUUGGUCGCCGGCCUCACUGCAUCUGUGCGCUUUAAAUGCAAUAUCAACGGCACUAUCUCAGAAUUCCUUACCAAUCUCAUCCCUUUCCCCGCAAUUCACUAUCCUAUGAUUACCUUCGUUCCAUUCUGUACCAAUAUGGAGGCAGAGAGAAGCAGAUACACAACCUCUGUAUUGACACGCAUGGCAUUCAAGCCGGACUAUCGCACCGUCACAGCGAUGCUAGACGAGGGUGUGACUCUGGCCACAUGCCUGACAUACAGAGGACACCACAGUGUAUUCGAGAUUCUGCGAACACUGGAGGGCAUGCGUGAAGAACGGGCCAACAUUGUUGACUGGUGCCCCACGGCUUUCAAGGUGGCAUACACGCCUCAACCCCCAGUCCUGAUCCCCGGGAUGGGACCAGAAAAGAUAGUCAGAUCAUUAUUCAUGAUUACCAACAGCACUGCCAUAUCUGAAGUCUUCAGCAGAGCUGAAAUAGCAUUUCUAAACUUAUUCUCCAAGCGAGCGUUCUUGCAUUGGUAA